AUGGCUUCGAUCUCAAGAACAAGACUCUUCGAAUGUCAGAUCUGUAAACGGCUAGGUCAUACUGCUAAUUUUCAUUGUCGUUAUACUCCAUCAACCGGAAAUAAGUCUCAAGAUUCUACAUCUAAAGCUUAUGGUUUUACUUUUUCAUCUGCUUCUUCUUCUGGUUUCAAGAAUGCAUCUCCUCAAGCUUUUUACAAAUGUUCUGGUGUUGAACAAUUUACAACUGAUUUUGUUGUGGUAAUUGAGAAUGUUCUCUUCAAUGAACUACCAGAUUAUAGCUUAUUCAAGGUUUUUGGUUGUAGCUGCUAUCUCAACAUCACUCAUUAUAGGAAAGAUAAAUUGAGUCCUAAAUCUGUCAGAUGUACUUUUCUGGGCUACGGUCCAUUGUAUAAAGGAUACAAUUACUAUGAUAAUUUUACAAGGAAAAUCUUUGUUUCAAUAAAUGUUACUUUUGAUGAAUUUAGUUUUCCUUUUGCUUGUACUACUUCUACCACUACGCAAUCUUGUGCACUUGAGACUUUUGUGUUACCUAUUGGUGUUUCUGGAGAUUUCUUUACAUCUAGUACUUGUCAAAAUAAAGAGGAUACUUAUACUUCACCUGAUUCUUCUUUGCCUAUUGCACAAGAAGAUAAUUCUGCUUCAUCUGGCACCUCUUUUUCUUCUUCUGAUGCAUUAGUAGAUGUUAUUGUACCUGUUGCUCCUAGCUUACCUAGUGGUUUGACUAGAUCAAGAAUUGGUAUUUCAAAACCUAAGCAUGUUCAUCCAGAUUUUCUAGCUCAUUCUACUACUUAUCAUCUACCUUGUGCUUAUUCUUCUUUAUUUCACAUUCUUGCUGAGCCAAAAUCUUACAAAAGAUGUAGUUAA